GCACCUUACGUCGGUUCCUCAAUAUAAAACGCCAGAAACCCCUAGUAGUUUGAACCCUAGAAUUCUCGGAAGUCUCCCUUACGGACGAAGCUGAGCUCGUACUUCAGAGAGGAAGAAAAUCAAAAGAGAUCGAGAGUGUGAAAUAGACAUUCGGAAAUGACUGAAUACGAAGGAAGAUACGAAGGGAACGGGGGUGGUGAGGAAUUUGAUAACAACUACCCUGCUGGCUUCUCCCCACAGCCUCGGGCUAGCAGCCACGGCCAUGGCGGUGCCGAUGACCACAGCGAUUCCAAAUCUCAGCAUGGGUCUCGUGAUUAUGAAAGAGAAUCUUCCAAAAGUAGGGAGAAGGAUAGAGUAAAACGUGAGGAGGACCGGGAGAGGGAUGGGAAUCGUGAAAGAAGUAAGGAUAUGGAUAGGGAGAAAAGCAGGGACAGGGAGAGGGACCGCGACAAGGAUCGUGACCGCCAUCAUAGGGAUAGCCAUAGGGAUCGUAGUGACAGGAGGGAGCGAGGAAGAGAUAGAGAUGAUGAUCGAAGCCGAGAUUAUGACAGAAGGAAAGAUUACGAUAGGGAGGAUAGGCACAGGCACCGAUCUCGUUCGAGGGGUAGAUCUGAGCACCGGCCAAAGUCAAGGUCCCGGUCUCGCUCACGCUCAAAAAGCAAAAGGAUUAGUGGUUUUGACAUGGCACCUCCCGCCUCAGCAAUGUUAGCUGGUGCUGCCGCUGUCGCUGCAGCAGCUUUUAUGUACAAGGAGGAACCAUGCACCGGUUUGAUUGGUCAGAUGCCUGGUGCUAACCCAGCUAUACCUGGGAUGUUCCCAAACAUGUUUCCUAUGGCAACUGGGCAGCAGUUUGGUGCUCUUCCCGUAAUGCCAGUACAGGCAAUGACUCAGCAGGCUACUAGGCAUGCUCGGCGAGUAUAUGUUGGAGGGCUUCCUCCCACAGCAAAUGAACAGUCUGUGGCAACUUACUUUAGUCAGGUUAUGGCUGCAAUUGGAGGAAACACUGCCGGCCCAGGGGAUGCUGUUGUCAAUGUAUAUAUAAACCAUGAAAAGAAGUUUGCUUUUGUGGAGAUGAGAUCAGUUGAGGAGGCCAGCAAUGCAAUGGCUUUAGAUGGGAUCAUAUUUGAGGGAGCACCUGUUAAGGUCAGGAGGCCUAGUGACUACAACCCUUCUCUUGCUGCUACCCUUGGUCCUAGCCAGCCCAAUCCCAAUCUUAACUUGGCUGCUGUUGGUCUCAGUCCGGGUUCAGCUGGUGGACUUGAAGGUCCAGACCGCAUAUUUGUGGGUGGGCUCCCAUAUUAUUUCACAGAAGCACAGAUUAGAGAGUUGUUGGAAUCUUUUGGUCCCCUCCGAGGUUUCGAUCUAGUAAAAGAUAGAGAAACCGGGAAUUCUAAAGGCUAUGCAUUUUGUGUCUAUCAAGAUCUUUCUGUUACAGAUAUAGCUUGUGCUGCUCUGAAUGGAAUUAAAAUGGGCGAUAAGACACUCACAGUCAGGCGUGCAAACCAGGGAACAACUCAACCUAAACCUGAGCAAGAGAAUGUACUAUUACAUGCACAGCAGCAGAUUGCAUUGCAGAGGCUUAUGUUACAGCCCACUGCCGCCAUAAUAGCCUCCAAGGUUGUGUGUCUAACCCAAGUAGUUUCCGAGGAUGAGCUCAAAGACGAUGAGGAGUAUGAAGACAUUCUGGAGGACAUGAGGCAAGAAGGUGGAAAAUUUGCCAUAUGUAGUCCCACUUUCUGCUAUAAAGAAUCAGGCCUAACAUAUACAGACAGAGGAUUCCUUAGCCCUCUAUCUAUAAUCACCUGUGAUUAUUUUGUUACCUUUUCUGAAAACUUUGUGGAUUCCAAAUUUUCACACAUUAUAUGCAGGUACAUUGGUGAAUGUUGUCAUCCCACGCCCAAACCCCAAUGGCGAACCAUCACCUGGCGUUGGGAAGGUGUUCUUGGAGUAUGCAGAUGUUGAAGGUGCUACAAAGGCCAGGACAGGAAUGAAUGGUAGGAAAUUUGGUGGGAAUAUUGUUGCGGCGGUCUUCUUUCCUGAGAAUAAGUUGUCCCAGGGAGAGUAUGACAGUUAAUUAGUUUGUUGAAGCAUACAUGCCAUGCCUGGAUACUCUCGCCUGGUGUACCAUGGUAAUAUUCUUAGGAGUAGUAGGUCCUAGCUAAAUAUGUUCCAUGACCGCACUGGGGAUCUUCCCCUGUUUUGGAUAGUAGCUUUUCUCCCGAGUCAACAGCUUACUACUGUAUUUUUCGACUUGCUUGCAGGACGACUUUUUUUUUUUUUUGACAUUGAACAAUGGGUUCCAUGAUUGUUUUCUGUUCAUCUUACAGUGAUUACAAAUGCAAAUGCAAGAUAGUAGAAAGUCUAAGUAAAUGGGAUUUGUCCAUUUACUUCAUAGGUAACGGAGACAGAUAAUCCUAAUUGGUUUGGCUGCUGAUUCUCGUCGUAA